UUCUUCAUUCCUCUUCUAGAUAUUCUUCCUCUCUCUCUCUCUCUCUCUCUCUCUCUCUCUCUCCCCGUUGUGCGUCUCUGCUUCGCCAGAUCAACCUCCAUUGUUUAUUAUAUCCAUUUUGUGCUAGUAAAAAGGUCAAAGCAGAGAAGAACUGUAAAAAAAAAAAUCAUUAUUAAAUUUAGAACAUUGCCUAUUUUGCUUCAAGAAGAAGACGAAUUCAAGGAUAUACAUGGGAUAAGACCUAGAGAAAAAGGAUGCGUGCUGCUUUUCUUUCUCGGCAAUCGAAUAUUUCAAAUUAAAUAAGAAUGCCAAAACCCUCCUCAUCCCCCCGCAGCUCUGAUUAUCUCGAAGCACUUACGCAGGAAAUCGAGAAGAAGCUUCAACGGGCACUUGCUUCUCAAUCGCAGAGACGAAACUUGCUGCAAGAGUUGUUUGCUGAUGUAGCUUUAGAAGUCGAUGAAAGAGCCAAGGAUAUGAUUCUCAGUGGGGAAGAAGAUUCAAUUUCUCCUGCAGAGUAUGGAGCGGAUGCUCCAAUAUGUUUCUAUGAUGUCCUUGCUGAUUAUUAUGUUAAGGUGCCUGAUAGUGGAAAACCAAUCCUUGAUUUAAUUGUCCAACUUUGGAGCCAGUCAUUUGCGUCACAAAUUUUCUCACUCUUGUUCCACAAAUGGCUAUUUGAGGUCCAACUAAAGAAUCCAGAAGUCCUCCUCCGUUACUCAUCUGCUCUUGUUCAAGGUGCAACAAAUGUUUUCUGGAUUGACAUCCAGACAAAUACUAGGCGCUUCCAGACCCUCUUUCGGUAUCUACUAGAGGAAGUUGCUUUGGAGCCCACUCGCGUAAAUAAAAUUCCUGUCCAGGCUCAGCGGGAUCUUUACCUUUUACUUUCAAGGUUCAUCUUAUUCUACAAUUCAGUUGACAAACUCAAAAUCUUCUUGAAGCAUAUCCCGGUUUUUCCAAAUGCCUUUUUGAUUGGUGGGCCAGGAGAUUUCUUUAUUAUUGAACUUGCAGAUCAGCUUCAAAAGUUAAAGGUGGAACCAGUGCUUCUCCAUUACCUUUCCCAGAUGAAAGUUCUUCAAGGAAUGGAACUUAGAAUGACUACAAGUACGAGGUUAAAGACAUGUUUGUACAGCUUCACUUCUCCUGGUGGUCCAAUGUAUCCUACAAGAGCCGUUCGUCAUGCAGCCUGGGAUGCUUUGGAUUUACUAUUUCCUGUUGGUCGUUAUCCUCGGCAUCUCAUAAGCCUGUUUUUUCGACUGUUGUACCCAUGGUAUUGGCCAUCGUCAUGUUGGAACUUCGUAAUAUCAUGCAUAAAGGCCGUGUUCUAUUCCCUCUUGAGGUUCAUAUUUUCUAGCUGGGAGAAGGUUGGAGAGCGGAAGAGGUACUGAAUUUAGAGCCACAAGGUUUCAGUUAUCAAUCUACCCUUAGAUUGUGAUGUUCAGAAGCUCUACGAGCGGAGUUCCAAAUUGUAUUCUGUAAGUAGUAUGCAUAAGAUAUCUGUUUCUUUUCAUUUUGUUUUCAUUUCGUUUCAUUCUAAGUCCUAGAUGAACAAUUCUGGAGGGCUUUUUAUUUGACCUCCCAAUCUUGACAUGUCUGGUGUAGUUAUUCAUCACUAAUUCUACAAGAUUAAACUUUUCACCUUAGAAAA